AUGACAUUCAACGUUAAGGUCGGAGACUGCAUGCUGUCGACGUUGGAGAUGACUAGUUUGAAAUCUUAUACCAAUAUUCUAGCUUCAUCUUCUAAGAGAGCACUCCCCUACAGAGCCAUACGACUGAGAUCUUCCUGUGCUGAGGAUGAGAUGAUGGCUGAAGAUAUCGACGAUCAACACUGCCCCGCAAAAUUGAACAUGCCAAGCCACGAAGACGAGGAGCAGGGCGAGGUCUUUGUCGACGAAUCUGAUAUAAUCCACGAAGUUGAUGUGGACGAGGAAGAUCUUCCUGAUGCUGAGGAUGAAGAUGAUGCUGAAGAUAUCGACGAUCAAGAUGACUCUAUUCAUAUUUUCACUGGCCAUACCGGUAUGAACGGUUUCUUAUCUCUCUCUUUUUUUAGUUAUUGUUGUCUUUCAGCUCCAUUUUUGCUUUUCCUGUUCACGACUGGGAUUGAAGUAGAACUUUUCAAGUUACCUUCAAAAGGCUUAAAAUGGGUUAGAUGGCACCCAAAAGGACAUCUGAUCUUAGCAGGAUUUGAGGAUUGUACUGUUUGGAUGUGGAAUGCUGAUAGUGGGAACUUUCUUAGUGUAUUCUCAGGCCAUAGUGCCAGUGUGACUUGUGGUGAUUUUACCCCUGAUGGCAAAACAAUAUGUACUGGUUCUGAAGAUGCUGCCUUGAGGAUCUGGAAUCCGAGAAGUGGUGAAACCAUUCAUGUUGUACGAGGUCAUCCAUAUCAUACUGAAGGACUGACAUGCUUGUCUAUAAGUUCUGAUUCAACCUUGGCUAUUACUGGUUCACGGGAUGGGUCUGUUCACAUAGUGAAUAUCACAACUGGGAAGGUUGUUAGUUCAUGGGGUUCUCAGACAAGUCUGAUUGAAGGCGAUGCGGAGUCAAUUGAAUGCGUUUCAUUUGCACCAAACUUCCCUUGGGCUGUUUCUGGUGGCUUGGAUCGAAAGCUUAUAAUUUGGGAUCUACAAAGCUCAUCACCACGUUUCAUAUGUGACCAUGAGGAAGGAGUGACAUGCUUAGCCUGGCUCGGAGCAUCUAAAUUCUUGGCUACAGGGUGUGUCGAUGGGAGAAUAUGCAUAUGGAAUUGCCUCUCUGGGGAAUGCGUCGAAACCUUCAAAGGACACGAACAUGCUAUCCAGUCUCUCGCCGUAUCUUCCAAUCUGGUGUUUCUUGUUUCCGUUUCCAUGGACGGCACUGCUCGUGUAUUCGAAAUCAGAAAUUUCCAUUGAUAAAAAGUAAGCCUCCUGUGUUGACUAGUUAGUGAAAUUUGUUUUAUUUUUAAAUAGUGA